AUGCUUCAGCAGAUUCUCAAAGACAUGUACGUUGAUCCAGAGCUGCUGGCGGAAUUAGACGAAACGCAAAAACAAACUCUAUUUUGCAGAAUGCGCGAAGAACAAGUGCGACGUUGGAGUGUGUGGGAUAAAACCGAAAGCAUAAAACCCGCAUAUCCAAAACGACAAAAAAAUAGUAAAAAAGUACAAUGGAUGUUAGAUACAAAUGGUAAUCCUUGGACAUGGAUCAUGGGUGAGCAUAAGGAUGAUAAGACUAUUGAGCAAAUAAUCGAAGAAGAGGCUAGAGAAGCUGCAAGAAUACAAGCAGAACACGAGACUGAACAAUUGCGAUUAAAAGUGGAAUCUGAAUUAAUGGCAAUGUUGGAAAACAAAGCAAAGACUCAAUUUAAUCCUUCUGAAAAUAAAUAUUCGCAUGCAACUGAAGAGAUUUACUGUUCCGUAGAAGAACUGAACGCUAGAAAUGCGAGAAAACCAUGUGUGGCCACUCAACCAAUGCGUGGGGCUUUAAAAGAACUGUCAUUCAACAAAGUGUCCGAGCGUGUGAGAAAUUGGGAACAUAGAGUAAUGGAAGAACGGACAUCGGAAAUCUAUAACAAAAUGAAAAAUAAAAAAGAAGAAGAAGAGAGACAAGCCGAAGAAGCAGAUAAAAAGCAAGAAAUUGUUUGGAGAGAACAAAAGCAAAAAGCUAAAGAAGUUGAAUUACAAAUUCGCCAAAUUGCACGUCAAGCUAGAGAAGAACAUAGAAGAUCACUUCUAAAUACUUCAGAAAAACCUUCUAAUGUAGUGUUUGUGCCGAAUUCCUCCAAGCCACCAAGUAAAAAAGCUGUUGUUGAAUGGUUUAGAGCUAAAGAAAUUCCCAGAAGAGCUGGAUUUGAAAAAGAUAAAAAUGCCAUAGCCACUUGGUUCCACGGUCUCAUAACACGACAAGAAGCAGAGAUUUUACUCAUCAACGAACCAGUGGGUAGCUUUCUAGUUCGAUUAUCCGAACGAAUUUGGGGCUACGCCAUCACAUACAAAGAUCAUGAUUGCUGCAAACAUUAUUUGGUAGAUGCAUCUAAUGGUCAUUAUCAGUUUUUAGGGACUAAUCAAAUAUCUCACAACACAUUGAGUGAAUUAGUCAGCUAUCAUCGAAAUAUGCCAAUUACCAAGACUGGGGAAGAGUUAUUACUAAGACCAUGUAAUCGCACAACAAAUUUCCCUCCUCUCGUUUUCCAAGGAUUGUUGAAAACAUGA